AUGCAGAGCAGCUUCAAGACCGUUCCUUUCAAUCCUGAUUUCUACUCUCAAUCCUCUUUCUUCUUCAGAGGAGAUAGUUGUCUUGAAGAGUAUAAUCAACCCAGCAAUGGUUUUCACCAUGACCAAACUCUUGUCGGUUUAAGUCCAAAUGUCACUGUUGCUUCUAACAACUUACACUAUACGACGUUUGAUACGGCUAUGGAGUGUGGUUUGAGGGAGAGACUUGAAAGAGAAGAGGAGUGUUUGGACACAGGGCAAUUAGUGUUCCAAAAGGGGACAAGGUUAGGAGUAGGAGAAGUGAACAGCAGUUUAGAGAACUGGUGUGAUUCGGUUUCAGCCAUGGCUGAUAACAGUCAACAUACUACUGACACUUCCACAGAUAUUGAUACUGAUGACAAGACUCAGCUGAAUGGAGCUCAUCAAGGGAUGGUUUUGGCUACAGAUUGUUCAGAUCAAUCAAAGGUGAAAUAUAGUGAACAAAGGUCGCUUCGAAGACUAGCUCAGAACCGGGAGGCUGCUAGGAAAAGUCGAUUGAGGAAAAAAGUAUAUGUUCAGCAACUUGAGAACAGUCGUAUCAGGCUAGCACAGCUAGAGGAAGAGCUCAAAAGAGCUCGCCAACAGGGAUGUUCGGCUGAAAACGGUGUUUCAGGGGAUCACACUCAUUUAGCUGCUGGAAAUGGUGCCUUUUCAUUUGAAUUGGAAUAUGCUCGUUGGAUGGAUGAACAUCAAAGGCUGAUCAACGAUUUAAGAGCGGGUGUGAAUUCGCAGUUAGGUGACAACGAGCUACGCAUGCUAGUGGAUGCUGUGAUGAGUCACUAUGAUGAGAUAUUCAGGCUAAAGGGAAUUGGUACUAAAGUCGACGUCUUUCACAUGCUCUCAGGCAUGUGGAAGACGCCUGCUGAGAGAUUCUUUAUGUGGUUGGGUGGAUUCAGAUCAUCUGAGUUACUAAAGAUAUUGGGGAACCAUGUGGAUCCGUUGACGGAUCAGCAGUUGAUAGGCAUUUGCAAUCUUCAACAGUCGUCUCAGCAAGCAGAAGAUGCAUUGUCACAAGGCAUGGAAGCUUUGCAACAAUCGCUUCUCGAGACGCUUUCCUCUGCUUCAAUGGGUCCAAAUUCUUCAGCAAAUGUUGCAGACUAUAUGGGUCAUAUGGCAAUGGCCAUGGGGAAACUUGGCACUCUCGAAAACUUCCUUCGUCAGGCAGAUCUAUUGAGGCAACAAACUCUGCAACAGCUUCACAGAAUUCUCACCACACGACAAGCUGCUCGUGCGUUUUUGGUCAUCCACGACUAUAUUUUUCGGCUUAGAGCACUUAGCUCCCUAUGGUUAGCCCGACCUAGGGACUAA